GAGGGCAGAGCUGGGAUCCCAGACAGAGAGCAGAGAGCCAGAAGUCCUCAGCUCUGCCUGCUACUGGGAAGAUGAAGGUCUUCGUGGGUGUUCUCCCCUUCCUCAUUCUUGCUACUGCCCUUGGAUCCCAGGUCCAGGUCCCUCGUGAAUCUGUGCUGGCGAAACUCUGGCAAGAACCCUCAAAAAAUAUACACAUUAACGGUUUACACCGUCCUGCUGACUGCUGCUCCAGCUACGCACAACGAAUUCGAUGUGCAAACAUGAAAGAUUAUUUUAAAACAAGCAGUUCUUGCUCCCGGCCAGGUGUCAUCUUCCUCACCAAGAAGGAGCGGCGUAUCUGUGCUGACCCCCAUGUCUCGGAAGUUCAGAACUGCAUGAGGUCCCUGAAUAACCUAAUGAUGCUGACGGGAGAAAGAGGAGGCUUUCUUGAGAAGAAAUGGUAGUAGGGGCCAGCUACCCCACAUCCACUUGUCUUGCCCCAACUCCCUCCUGGGAUUUUCUUGGCCUGAAUUAUUUUUCAAAAAUCAACAACUACCAUUCUUUCUGUUCUGGUUAUAAAAGCCAUGCAUGAAUAAAGGGUAUCUGAUAUAACUUUCCUUGAGCUUUAGGAGGAAAAAGAAACUAUAGGAAUUGCUGAAAUUUGGAUUCUAUGGGUUUUUUUCAAAUGCUAUAUCAUAACAGAAUUUUGUAAAAGCUAAACACAUUCAAACUCCUUCAAACAUAGAUUGAACCUGUGUCAAAAAUGUACUUAACCCAUUCAAAAUGGGAACCAUAAAAUAGAGUCAAAGAUUAUCUGAGGAACAGAGAUUUAUAUAGUUAAUUGGGCAUGGCAUUCUGAAAUUGUUAAGUCAGAGAAAAAGAGAUUAAUAUCCUAUUGAAAAAGAAUACUGUAACUCUGGGAAUUAUCUUUUCUUUUUUCUUUUCUUCUCUUUUUUCUUUUUUAGAGGGGGGGGGAAUAGGGGCAGAGGGAGAGGGAGAGAAUCUUAAGCACAUCCAGUGCAGAGCCCAACAUGGCACUCAAUCACACGACCCUGAAGUCAUGACCCUGAGAUCAUGACCUGAGCCAAAAUCAAGAGUUAGAUGCUUAAACAACUGAGCCACCCAGGUGGCCCUGGGGAGUCUCUUUUCUACUGGACAAAAAUCAUUUACAUCUAUGCUAGAUAAAAAAUUUGCAAGUGAACAUAAUUUCACAAAGUCAGGAGCCCAUCAGUAGCAAAUAGAACACCACUGGAGAGGACGUUCCCCCUACAGGAACCCUGGGGUGGGCUUUUCAGAUAAUCUUCCAGAUGACAUUGGAAGACCUGCCUGCAGUCAUCCUUCUGCCUUAUUUCCACAUUUUGGAUAUUUUCUCUCAACAGAUAUAAUCUCCCCUCUUUAAAGUUAAGGGACAUUAAGAAAAACAUUUAAAGUUGGACUGAACAUGGGUGGUGAGAUCGAGCCCUGCUUCAGGCUCCACGCUCAGCACAGAAUCUUCAUGAGAGCCUCCCUCUCCCUCUGCCCCUCCUCCACUGAGUGUUUUCUCCCUCUAAUAAAUAAAUAAAUCUCAAAAAAAAAAA